UUGAUUUCCUUGUUUUUACCGAAGAUUGAUGUCUUCUUUGAUCGAAGAGAGACCUUUUCUUGUGAUAUAUUGCAGGCUAAUAAUUCGAACAAAUUCCCUUCUACCAGCUGUCAUUGUCUGGCUGUGUCUCUCACAGUCUCAAAGUCGACAGAGGCACAUCACGACACAGUUUCCUUCCGAUGAGGAAAUGGAAUUAGGAAAACAUCAAGAUUCCAAGGUUUUGAGUUGUACAGGCGCAAGUAUUUGUUGCAGUGGCUUUACAGGAGGAAGGCAUACGGAGGAAAAGGGUCAGAGGGGGAGGGACCGGAGGCGGUGGGACGUGCAGUUGCUGCAUCCAUCUGGCCAUCGUUUGGACCCAUUCGCAUUGAGAAGUCCUAUGGGAUUACAUGAGAUUACAAGGAGAUUGGCUCUUUUCAAAUGGAUAUCGGAAGGGGGGUUUGAAGGCCAAUUAAUCUUCUGCAAAUGUGUUCACAAUGGUGCAUUUCUACUUGUGGCCCAUCAAAAUACAUUGGAGUUGGCAUCCUCACUGAGAAGUCUGUGGGCUCAGUUUGCAUGUUUGUGCAGAAAUAGGAAUGUAGAUGAGAUGUGUGCCAUUACUUGAUACAUUUCUAGUUGGUGGCUCAUCAAAUAACAUGGAGUUGGCAUCUUCACUGAGAAGGUUCAACACAGGUGUCACAGGUAUCUCUUAAUGGUGUCUGUGGGUUCAGUUGGCUUAUUUGUGGAGGAAUAAGAAUGAAAAAAAAGGUAAAUUGUUUUCUUUAGAUCCACCAGUACUAUGCCUAUAAUCCAUUAUUGUUGGUUUAGGUUUGCUUGCUGGAUUAAUAUUUAUGCUGAAAAAAAAUAAUGUGUUUUCUCCAAAAGAAAAUUAAUAAUAAAAGAGUUGCCCACAUGUU